AUGUACUCAUCGUCUCAACGUUAUGAAACCCAACCAUUGUUAAAUCAAAAGAGAUUGAAAGUAAAGUGGAACCAAAAACUGCCUUUUAAUGGGAUUUUAUAUGGAUUAUUAUUACUUGGCGCUAUUUAUCUUUUAUACGUUUUCAUUAAUUAUGAAAUACAACCAGAAACCAGUUACACCACUAAGACAAGAAAUUCUCAACGUAUUAUAAGUAUUGCAACCACAAAUGAUGAUUACUUAAAGCAAUGUGCUCCUCGAGUGAAAUGUAAUCCAACCGCUAAAUACAGAAGCAUAAAUGGAUCGUGUAAUAAUUUGGAAAUACCUACGUGGGGUGCAAAAGAUACACCAUUUCUUCGUUUGCUUAACGCUAAUUUCAGUGAUGGUUUUUAUAAAUUUCGACUACAAACAAAUGGAAGUGCAUUACCUAGUCCAAGAGUGAUCAACAUUAAACUUUUUCUGAAUCAAGAAAUAUAUCGAGUUGAUGAAAAUAAUGUACUUUUAUUGCCAUUUGGACAGUUGAUAGCUCAUGACGUAUCAGGUCUAUUUCUAGACAUUCCAAAAAGCGACAACGGUGGAGUGAUAGAUGGUUGCGUCGAUGAAAAUGCAAGAAAAACAUUUACACAGUGUCAAAUGGUGGUCGAAAACCCACCUGACGACCCUGUUUAUAGUAAGCAUAACAUAUUUUGCAUGGGGUUAUUCCGUUCGUUAACGUCGAGGAAUUACAGCUGUCCGUUAUACCCCACAACGUUUAUUAACAAUAAUACUCAUUUCAUCGACGCAUCUGAAGUGUAUGGGUCGGAUGAAAAUUAUGCACUGCAUCUCAGAAUGAUGGAAGGUGGAAGACUUAACUUCUCAACCAGCGACAAUGGUCAAAUGUUCUGUCCAUUCUUGGCCAAUAAAAAUCUGGACCUCACUGUACAUAAAAAAACCGACACCGAAUACGACACAGGUGAUCCGGAUAAUGGAAAUCAAAAUUUAGGAAUAACUGCGAUGCAGACGUUGUACUUAAGGUAUCAUAAUUAUAUCGCUUUUAAACUAUCAACUAUAAAUCCUUAUUGGUCAGAUGAAAUACUUUAUCAAGAAUCUCGCAGAAUAGUCAUUGCAACUAUUCAACGUAUCACCUAUAAAGAUUUCUUACCUAUAAUAAUUGGAGAAGAUUUUCAAGAAAUAUAUGGAUUAAAUGAAGUGAAUAUUUAUGACCCUACCAUUAAUCCAUCUUCGUCUCAAGAAUUUUCAAGCGCUGCUCUCCGAAUUCUCCAUUCGAUUAUACCUGUUCAAUUCAAUUUUAUAAAUGAGGAUUAUAAAACAGAAUAUUCAAUUAACAUUACGGAUUGGAUGAGAGAAUCAAACUUGUUACCUUUACAAAAUAAUUUUGAUAAAUUACUCAAAGGAUUUUUGGAGACACCUGGUCGAUUGGUUCAGCCUUCGUACAAUUUUUAUAUAUCCAACUACAUGCUCGCCAAAUUUAACGAACCUCCAUAUACAGGACGUGAUUUACUGACCAUUGAUAUUGUUAGGGGUCGUGAUGUGGGUUUACAACCAUACAAUUACGUCAGACAUUUAUGCGGACUUCCAUUGGCGAAUGAUUUUGAAGACUUAGUAGAUCUGAUUCAUAUAAAAGAUAUAAUGAAACUAAAAGAACUUUAUAACUCAGUCAAUGACGUUGACUUAAUGGUAGGUAUUUUGUUGGAAAAACAUAGUGACGGUGCAAUUGUGGGGCCCACUGCACGAUGCAUAAUUGCCGAUGGUUUUUAUCGAUUUAAAGCUGGGGACCGAUUUUUCUACGAUGUACAAGGACAGCCCAGCAGUUUUACUGACGGUCAAUUAAAUAUGAUUCAGAAAAUUACUUUUGGCCAUGUUAUUUGUGCUACUUCAAACGUGAACCAUGUACAAAAUGACAUUUUUAAAAUAGUCGACCACAAUUUAUUUCCAACCAGCAAAUUGAGAUGUGAUGAGUACGAUUUGGAUUUUAAAGAAUGGGAAGAAAUAAACGACCAAAUAGAGUUGUGA